AUGGCUGUCGCGGGGAGGCGGUGCCGGCAGUGCUCUCGCUUGGCACGAGCAGUGCAACGGGGGGGAAUAAGAAAGAAGAACAAGGCCGAUGCGCGACCGCCACUGAGCUUGAUACUCGUGCAUGACGAGUUGGAGCUGGCGCCGGGAGAGCUGCGGAUCCGCCGGGGAGGCGCUGAGCUAUCGGCCCGCGGACAUAAUGGGAUCAAAAGUGUGACGCAGAGUUUAGUCAAGGCUAAUUUGCUGCCGGCGUCCUCUGCGUUGUCCAAGGGGGGAGGGAAGAACGGUGCUGCGGAGGACGUGGGUUUGCCGCCGAUCCUGAUCCGGGUGGGCAUUGGAAUUGGCAGGCCUGCGUCUCGCGAUCCUAAUACUGUGGCGGACUAUGUUUUGCGGGAGAUGCGUGCGGCUCAGUACCAGGAGACCUGUGCUCAGGCGGCGCCGUUUGCAGAGAUUUUAGAGGCGGAAAUGGUACGGAUACAAUCAUGA